AUGGGAAAUGAAACAAGUGUCAAAGAAUUCAUCUUAGAGGGAUUCCCUGCUGUUCAGCACCUAGGGAAACUCCUCUUUGGGGUGCUUCUCCUGCUCUACCUUGUGUCCAUUGUAGGAAACACAGUCAUUGUCAUGAUCAUGUGGAUGGACCAUCGCCUCCAAAUACCAAUGUACCUUUUCCUCAGUGGCUUCUCUUUCCUGGAAUGCUGUUUUACAACAAGUGUUAUUCCCAAACUGCUGGCAAUCUUUCUCUCAGGUAUGCAAACCAUUUCCUUUGCUGCCUGCCUCACUCAAACGUUUGUCUUUCUGACUUUGGGAGUCACAGGUUUCUUCCUCAUGGCUGUGAUGUCAAUAGAUCGAUACAUGGCAAUAUGCAACCCUCUGCAUUACCACAGCAUCAUGACCAUGAGGGUCAGCUUCCUUUUGAUCUUGUUCUGUUGUAGUAUAGGACCCAUUGUAACAACCAGUCUGAUUAUAAAAGUCUCUCAGCUAUCCUUCUGUGGUUCCAAUAUCAUCAAACAUUUCGUAUGUGAUCUUGGUCCUCUGACACAACUCUCAUGCUCUGACACAAGUUCUAUUGAGUCACUAGCUUUUUUUCUUGCUCUCUUUAUCAUUCUGUCCUCCCUGGCUGUCACAAUCAUAUGCUACAUCAAUAUUGCACUCACAAUAACACAUCUCCCUUCAGCCAAAGAACGCCAGAAAGCUUUUUCCACCUGUUCUUCUCACCUCAUAGUCCUCUUUCUAAUGUAUGGUAGCUGCAUCUUUAUUUACAUGAAACCAAAUCAAGCCAAUAGAUUAGACACCAACAAAGAAGCUGCUCUUAUAAACACUGUAGUCACCCCUGUACUGAAUCCCUUCAUUUACACUUUACGAAACAAGCAAUUUAGACAAGCUUUGAGAGAUGUUAUUUUCAAGAUAAAAUUGUUGAGAUAG